GACUGUGAAGCAAUUUGUGGUACGGUGAUUGAUCACAAAUUGCUGAGUUCGGAUGAGAUCCAGCAACGCUAUGAACAGUCAGUCAGUAUUUGGCAGAAUUAUUGUGGUGAUGAGCCGUACGAUUUUUUGAGCUCCAAGACAAACACUCAGCAACCAUAUCAGUCGAGAUUGUCUUACGAUAUUGCCGCUGCCGCACAACGACAACGCAAUUUCAACUACCAGGCAAGACUUCAACCAUUUUUCCCUGUGUCAGAAUUUUUGCCUUUGUUGAAAUCCGAUUCUACCUUAAUAUCCUAG